AUAGAGUUACUAAAAUUAAAUGAAUUUCAGUAGUGUCAUUGAUGAGAAUCUUUCUCAAGAUAUUCUUGAUGAAGAUGUCAUUGCCCCACGGAGGAUUAACUCAUUGCAUUCGGAAGAUAAAAUAUCUUGCUCCCCUUUUCAGAGGAAAAAUGAUCACUUCAGGAAAGCAACUUCUUGAUCAGUUCACAAAAACAGUUCAAACGCCGACAGACAAGCUUUGGAGAUUUGUAAAAAGAAAGCAAUGGGAGUCAAGAAAUUUUCCUCUCAAAAUCAAUGAAAUUUUAAAAGUUUACAAAAAGAUAUAAGAUAUCUGCUCCACCAAGCUAUGAAGAUAAGAAAUUUGUAUGAUGCAGAGUUUGAAAGACGCAUUGAGCCUAAGUAUAACGACCCACCUCAACAAUUACUUAUCAAAAGUGAAAUAAGAGUUGUCACGAUGGCAGAUAUUCAAAAGCCUGAGUAGGCUAUUAAAUCAUGCUAAGCAUAAUUAAUACCUUAAUCAUUCACUAUCACCUCCUGUUUGAAUUUUGAAAAUAUCCACAUUCCUGGAGAAUUAAUCCUGCAAUGUGAAAGAAUUUAAGUCACCUAGUACCAUACUCUCUAAAUAAUAAUCGAAAUCCAUGAAUCUCUGAUCGAUUUUACAGGAUACUUCAAUACAAAACUAGGAAUGCAAGGUCUUUUGUUAAUCCGUCCUCUUCCAUCAGGUCUUAGCCUAUCACUGCUAGCUAUGACUCCUCCGUUGAGUAAUGUUGAACAAGAGUUCUGGAUUUAUUGAGUAUUUGAGGAUGGAAAUUAGAAAGAAGAGACAUGAGCAGUCAGAAGUUAGCCUCGAUUCAGAUAGAUGUUACUACUACGAGAAUAGUACAUCCUGUAAAAUUCAAUUCUUGCUGUGCUGCCUUUGAAAACCACUCAGAAUUUCUAAAAUUAUAAAAACUGGCAAACAAGGCUAUAAUAAAAAUGAUCAAAAUUAAUGGAGACUCGUUUUAGUAUAAAAUAAGUGCUCAUAGUAACAGUAUAUUUAGAUAGUUCUAAAUAAACUAAGUUUAGAGCUUUCAGUAAUCAGUAAAACCUCUGCCAUUUUUGAGGUUAACAACAAGAAUUAUCGAAUGUAUUUAAAUAUGAAUUUCAUGUCCAAGUUCGUCAGUUGGAAUUUAGAGUAUUUAAAUCAUUUCCUAUGUCAUUUGAGACAUAAGAAUCAUAUUUAGAAAAAUUUAUUUGAAGCUGCAAGAAUUACAAUUAUUUGAGUUUCAUUGAGAAAGUAUACUAGAAUAGUAAAGUACCAGGUGGUAUUUGAAGAUCAUCUGAAUAAUCAUAUAAAAUAUUUAUUCCAUUACUCACUUGCAACUCUGGAUCUCUUCUUUUUGUAUAUCAGUGAAACCUGCCACUCUUGUGAUUG